AUGGAAGAACUCCAAAGAACAGCGGCUGAGGCUGGCAUCCGCUUCCCCGCCGGGUUAUUGGACAUCCUCCAAUCCUCUGAUCCCCCAUCGAUCGAGUACUUCAAAACACUGCCCCUCGGUCCCCCUUCCUGCUGGGGAGUCUAUGCCCUCACCCUGGAGAGGCCUGGAUUCCGGCCUCGCCUGUAUGUGGGUUCUGGAACAUCGUAUGGCACCCCAACGGCUGGCGGCGUUGCUCUACGGUUCAAACAGUAUGACGAUGGUUUCCUCGUCCCCCGCUUCGUAAAGGCUUCUCUCGACCAUGGUUUCACCAUUACCCAUAAAGGUCUUCUCUGCUGGAUGCUUCGCCCGGCUGCUGCUGGCGUUCCUGUCAAUCGAUUGUUCUUCCUCAUUCUUGAAGCUACGUUCGCAUACGCAUUCUGGGCCAUGAAGUCACGCGAGAGAGACUACAGCAUGGGCCACGUCUGCUUCUGGAACCGCCACGCCCUCGAUUACGACGGAUGUUGCACGCACUGCUCCUUGAAUGAGGGUGUACGCGCGUCGUUCGACCUGAACGCUCAACAACUCGAGGACCAAGCAAAAGAGAGAGAGCAGAAACGACUCAUUCUCAAGGCCGAAAACAACCAGAGUUGGCACUAUCGACAAAUGGCCGAAAACUACGCAGAGUACAUCGAGGCCUCCAAAGUCAGAGUGUACAGAUCACGGGCCAACAGACCGGGUCAACAUGCUCAGUAUCAAGCAAACAAGAUCACUAAGGCACUCACCGAGAAGACGUUCCACUGCGAUGUCUGUGACAUUCCCUUCGGCACGAAGCAGAGAUUGAGUGAUCAUCAAAAGACGCCCAAGCACCUCCGCAAGUCUGAGGAGGGAAACAAUCCCUUCGUCUGCAAGCCGUGCAAUCUCGGGUACCACAACAAGAGCAAUCUCACCCGCCACGAGAAGUCGGCUCGCCAUCAGCAGAACCUUGCUGCCUGGAAAGAGAACAAGCCCUAA